AUGAACGAACUCGCAGCAGAACUGGUGGAUGUGUCGGGUGAUAAGGCCAUGGACUUGGUCCUCCAUACCGGCAUUCACCAUCCCCUGUACAAGGCCGUGGCCAAGAAUGCUACCACCACAGCCGCCAAGACCACCAAGACGGCCAAGACGGCCGAGACUGCCGCCACCACGGCUCGAUCAUUCAAGGUCGACUCGGCCAAGCGGACGUACCCCAUCGGCGACUUUUCUUUGCCUGGCUACCUCACGGCUCGUAUCUGUACUUCUCCCGCGCCUGGUCCCUCGCCGAUGGUGGUGGAAAAAUCCGCCGUGAGUAUGGCGGGCAAGUCGAUGGCCAAGGGUGGUCUCAGCUCAACCUCGACAUCAUCGGCCAUGGCGAGCAUCAUGCCCGAGCUGCCGCCGACGGUGGCCAAGAAGACCGCACAGCUUGCUCUCUCUCCGCUGGAUUGGCUUGCCUCUGCCAGCGUCCUGAACAAGGGCGCUGCCGACGACGGCAUUGACGACGCGGGCUUUGUCCGCCGCUCCACCCGCAAGCGCAAGCUGGCGACCGACGACGACGGCGACGACGCCGGCCGGCCUGGUGAUCGUGCCGGCAGCGACGACGACGACGAGACUGCCAGCGAGCCGCCGGCGGUCAAGAAGCACAAGGGUCUUGCAGCCGCUGCCGGUAGCAGCGACGCCGAGGCGCCGGUGACCAAGGCCAAGGCCAAGUCGAAGGCCAAGGCCAAGGCCACGUCGAAAGCCAAGUCCAAAGCCAAGUCCAAAGCCAAGUCGCCGUCCAAGACGUCGGCCAAGAAGGUCAAGCCGACCAAGACAAGCCGCAGCAAGGCGACCGGCAAGACCAAGGCGAGCGGCAAGACCAAGGCGAGCGGCAAGACCAAGGCGAGCGACAAGAAGGGCAAGGGCAAGGGCAAGAAGGGCAAGGGCAAGAAGGCGGCGUCGCGGUUCCGGUUCGAGCCCGAGCACGUCGAGCUGUUCAAAAAGUACUACUUCAAGUCGUUUAACCCACGGUACGCCGUGUCGGACGCCAUUGUGGAGGCCAUGGCCAAGUUUGUGUCGACCAAGAUCGGCAACGACGAGCUGCCGUACACCAACAAGCAGAUGCGCGGGUGGAUCACCUCGUUCCGCCGCAAGCAGGAGAUGGGCGCGUAGUCCCCUCCUUUGACCCUAAACGGUACGGUCGUUCGGACGCGUUGUCGCGCGCGUCUCAAAGUGAACAACUCGAUGAUGCUUGACUUCCAGCUCACCAGCCGACGCCGUGUCACGCCUGCUUGGCCUGCGGCUUGAGGUGGGAGGCGCGCCCGCACGUGAUGGCGGCCGACACGUAGACCCCUGCCUGAAAGAUGCCCGAGUUGCCGUCGCGGUGACGGACGCCUGGGAGCAUGGGCGGCGCGCGAGGUGCCGUACCGACGACCGGGAAGGAGACCAUCAGUGAGUUGAACACAGCGGCCGGACG